CCAACUAAUACAGGGUAUUCUUAUGGUGGUGAUCCUGUAAAUGUUACUUCAUCCGCUGCUGACGAUGUCUAUGCAUUUUUACAAUUAUGGUUCCAUCACUUUCCUAAUUAUAAACGUUUGGAUUUUCACAUCGCUGGUGAAUCGUAUGCUGGACACUUCAUACCCGCCAUAGCCGCAAAAAUACAUAAUAAUAACAAAAUUUCAAAUUUUCCUCAUAUCAAUCUUGAAUCCAUCUUGAUCGGAAAUGCCCUCUUAAAUCCUCUGGUGCAACUCAAACAGUAUCCCGAUAUGGCUUGUAACACACCUAAUUUAAGAGUAAUAUCAAAUCAUACAUGUGAUCAAAUGAGACAGCGUUUUCCUAUAUGUGCUUCCGAAAUUCAGAAAUGCUAUGAUUCAAAAGAUACAGGAACCUGCAAGAAUGCUACGUUUGUCUGUUAUACGAUAAUGAUUCAACCUUAUAUGAACAAUCAUAAGAAGCGAAGUCUUUAUGAUAUGAGACGUAGAUGUGAUGAUGGUAAAUACUGCUAUUCGGAGGCAGGCGACUUCGAAAAUUUUUGCAAUAUUGAAGAGGUUAAGACUCAAUUAGGUGUUGAUCCUUCGUUCGGUUUUGCGGCGUGUAACUUUUUAGCUCCUUUAAAUUUCGCUGCAUCCGGUGAUGUGGCACUUCGAUUCGAUCAAUUGAUUCCGCCACUUUUGGAAAGUAAGAUUCGAGUAUUAAUAUACGCAGGUGAUGUUGAUUAUCUUUUGAAUUGGCUUGGUAAUAAAGCAUGGGUAAAAGAACUUGGAUGGAGUGGCAAAAAAGGCUUUAACGAGGCUAAAGUUACUCCCUGGAUAACAAAAAAAACUAUUUAUGACCCCGCAAGGCAUGCUGGAGAUGUUAAAACUUAUAAAGAACUUACAUUCUUGAGAAUUUUUGAGGCCGGACAUAUGCCACCUUAUGACCAGAGAAGUGCAUGUCAAGAUUUCUUUAAGAGAUGGUUAUCCAAGGAAGCCUUGUAA